AUGUGGUUAAUGCAGACAUUCAACAGUGGGGAGGAGUUCAAAGAUCAGCUGCUACACUAUAUUUUGAAGAAGCUAUGUAGAUGGGAGAAAACGAAGUUAGGAGCCAUUUGCACAAACGACAAAUGCAAGUGGAAGAUUUAUUGCUCAGUUGGGAAGCCAAAGAGGAAGUGGAUGGUGAAAUCUUAUGUAGAUGGACAUAACCAUAUGAAGAGUAGCAAAGCGAGGAUGUUGAAGCAGGGUACAAUUGCAAGGUUGUAUAAGGAUGAAGCAAGAAGAAGGCCUGGUAUUAAGUGGACUGACAUCAAGGAUGAGAUAAUGAUGAGGUACAAUCUCUCAGUUUCUAAAUGGAUAUGCACGAAAGCAAGAAGAAUGGCUCUAGACUUGGUUAUAGAAACUCAGAGGGAACAAUUCACAAAACUGUGGGAUUACGAGAAGGAGCUUCAGCGUUCAAAUGAUAAUACGAAGACUGAGAUUGUGACUAUUUCUCGUGAAGAUGGCAAGUUUGUGUUUGAUAGAUUCUACAUUUGCUUUGAGAAUCUUAGGAGCACAUGGAAGCGUUGUUGCCGGCCUAUUAUAGGACUUGAUGGAGCGUUUAUGAAAUGGGAGUUAAAAGGUGAGAUUCUUCCAGCUGUUGGAAGAGAUGCGGAUAAUAGGAUUUAUCCUAUUGCGUGGGCAAUAGUUAGAGUCGAAGACAAUGCUUCAUGGGGUUGGUUUGUUGAUAAGUUGAAGUCUGAUUUAGAGUUGGGGUUAGGAAAUGGAUUCACUAUCAUAUCUAACAAGCAGAAAGGGUUGAUAAAUGUUGUUGCAGACCUUCUUCCCGGCGCAGAGCAUAGCUUCACUCAAGGUGAUUAUCAGUACAAUCUACACGCUUUAGAAGUGUUCGAUGCAACAUCACACGAGGACUUGUUGAAAACAGAACCGAAGAAAUGGUGUAGAGCGUUUUUCAGUCCACAUGCACGAUGCGAGGAUGUGUGUAACAACCUCUCAGAAAGCUUCAACAGAACAAUCAGUGAAGCUCGUAAGUUGCCAUUGAUUAACAUGCUUGAGGAGAUUAGGAGACUUGCAAUGAAGCGUAACUCUAGAAGGCGUGACAAAACAAGUGGUUGUUCAACUCCAUUUCCACCAAACAUCAUAGAGAUUUUUGACUACUUGGUAUGUCUUCCACAACAGCAUUGUGCUUGUAAUCACAUCACGGGAAUACCUUGCCAGCAUGCUAUUUAUGUCAUUAAUGAGCAUAAUAAGGAACCUGCAGACUAUGUUGAUAGUUACUAUCUGACAUCAAGGUGGCAAGAUACUUAUGAAAACAACAUAAAACCUGUCAACGGUGAGAGAUUGUGGGAGAAGACGUGUAAAGAAGCUGUACAAAUCCCUGAAAAAAGGAGAAUGUCAGGACGUCCGAAAAAUUAUGAUAGGAUCAAAGAGGCACAUGAGUCAAAGACAAAGGAUGAUCCUUGGAGCAUUCACAAUGCACCGAAGAGGAGCAGGAAUGCUCAAAGCCAGUCCACACCAAAUCCGGUCAGCACACAGCCUUGUGUUGAUCCACAGCCUUCAACUGCUCCACAGCCUUCAAAUGCUCCAGCUGCAAGAGGACGUGGUCGUCCACGGGGACGAGGGAGAGGGCGUGGUCGCGGUCGCGGUUGCGGACGUGAGCGUGAGCCUCUUGUUCCAAGAGAGUGUGGUUGCUAUAUUGGUCCUUAUUCUGGUCGUGUAUUUGAUGUAUGUGGGCCUACUGCUGUGAGUGAUCAGAAUUCACAAGGCUCUCAACAACAACCUCAAGACUCUUAG